GACCCCGCCCGCUUUCAUCGGUCAUCGGUCAGCAGCACCAUUCCCUCUUCCCAAUGCCGUCCUCCCCGUGGCCUCCUACUGCCGGAGCUCCGCCGCCGCGACCGGCGCAGGACAUGGUCUCCACCGAGGCGCUGGAGCGUCGCCCCGUCGAGGGUUCUCGAUCUCCACCCGCGCAGGAGGAAGGGUCCGUCGCCGUAGCUGACUCGGCGCAGGAGGCCAGGGCUCGGCCUCUGUCUGUGGACUACUUCUCAGAGGUAAAGACCAAGGAGCAUGGAGAGAAAAUCAACAGAUAUCAGGGUAUGCUUGCAGCACGAUUGAAGGCCAAAUAUUUUUCUAACAAGACUUCCGAAAAAGGAUACAUGUUUGAAGAAAUCGUGAUACAGUCUGAGACCAUUCGGCUUAGCAGGUGGCCGUUUACAAGACAUGUUUGCAGGUGUACUGUAACCCAUCACAACCUGUAUCUAUGGAAGUACACUGCUAUCAACAUUAUUCCUCCAUGGGGAUGUUUCAACUUUUUACCUGCUAUAGGUGUCAUAUCCAUGAUCUUUGCAUAUUUUCCGAUUCCUUUUCUGCUGAAAUGAUGUAAUUUUGUAGGGCACUAGCAUCUUGUCGCUUAAUAUUCCGUUUGCAGUACCGACAUCCUACCACCUCUGAUGCCAAUUAUUGCAAUGCAUCUGCAACAUCAAUGGCAAGCUACAGCUUUCAAUCUCCAAGUGCUCCCAUGGACUGACUCAUGAAGUCAUGAUGAGUAGAAGACUAGCAGAUGAUGAACACACUCCAACAGCAGUCAUUCUUAUCUUCAUGCAACUGCACCUGCGCAGGUAAGCUGGCUCCUGGGAGGGACAGUUUGUUGAAGUGCUCUCCCCUCCUGUACUUUCCAGUUGUUUCUUCCUGCUAUAAGGAAAGCUCCAUGGCCACCACUGCGAGACAUCGCAUGGUGCAUUGGUGCUUCUUCCACCCGGCGCCUGGUGUCAGCCAGUGCCCCAGGCCUUUUGUUCACUGUUGCUCGGGCCCUGUGAUGUGAGCAUCUCGCGCUGGUGGCUGCCUUUCACCCCGGUGUUCACACGUACCCUUGGACAUGCCUGACCUGAUGCCGCACUUGCACUCGCAACGCAUCCUCAGGGUCUUGAUCUGUUUUGUUCUGCGUUUUUUCUUUCUCAGUGCUCGUGCACAGGACCCGUUCCUAUCUUCAGCCACACAGUUUUGCAGUUAUUUUAUAUAUUUCCUCUAUUCUGGUCAACUGGAAUUUAUGUGUGUUCAUGCUCUGUCAAAGAGUUCCUGGCCAUAGCCCAUAUCUACAUUUGACAGUGAAAUACCUGGAGUUCCUGUGCAUGUUUGCAACUGAAAAUUGUAUAUGAAUUCAUAUGCCUUGCAAGCGAAAUUUUUCGCAUCUA